AUGCCACCCCGCUGCUUCAUAAUCCGCCACGGCGAAACAGAAUGGUCCCUAAACGGCCGCCACACAGGCCAAACAGACCUCCCCCUCACCGCCAACGGUGAGAAGCGCAUCCGCGCAACCGGCAAAGCCCUCGUCGGCAACGACAGACUAGUCGUACCCAAAAAGCUAAGCCACAUCUUCGUAUCCCCGCGCUCCCGAGCCCAGCGCACCCUCGAGCUCCUCGAGCUCGGAUGCCGGGAACGACUACCCUGGAACGAACAGCGGGAUGCAACUGAGGCUAUUAGGACAGAAGCCGAGGUUGAGGUUACGGAUGCUGUGCGGGAGUGGGAUUAUGGGGAUUAUGAGGGGUUGACGAGUAAGCAGAUUCGGGAAUUGAGGGAGGAGAGGGGGGAGGGGGUUUGGAAUAUUUGGACGGAUGGGUGUCCUGGUGGAGAGUAUGUGAAUUUUGAAAUUUCUUUUUCUUUUUCUUUUAUUAUUCAGAUGCUGACUGCUGACAUGUGUAGAUCGCCCGAAGACGUGGUUCGUCGUCUUGAUGCGUUGAUCUUGGAGAUUCGGAAUAAGUACCAGCGGGCUUGUUUUGAAGAUCCGGAUGAGACGAAGGGUGAUGUACUCAUUGUUGCGCAUGGUCAUAUUUUGCGCGCGUUUGCGAUGCGGUGGACAGGGAAGCCGUUGACGGAGACGUCGCUGAUUCUUGAAGCGGGUGGAAUUGGGACACUCAGGUAUGGUUGUUUUGUCUUGUGCAUGGACCUGGCUAACAGGUGUAGUUAUGAACAUCAUAACAUUGAUGAACCGGCGAUUAUUCUGGGUGGGCAAUUCGUGGUCGAGUAA